GCAAACUCCCCCAGUUCUCCCUCCGUCCUCAAUCUCCUCAAUUGCGCCGUCCAGCAUCCUCCACAGCCAACAUGUUAUCCCGGUCCUUAUGGAGAAGCCUCCGCUUGAAUGCGCGACGAGGCGUCAACGUUCCCGAGACUCCCUAUCGCUGUUUCUCCUGCACCGUCCGGGCGCAGGCCGCAUCCAACAAGUCGGAGACCGAUCGAAUGACCCAUUUUGGCUUCACCAAUGUCCCGGAAGCAGACAAGGAGUCUAUGGUGAGGUCGGUCUUUAGCUCGGUUGCCUCGUCCUACGAUGCCAUGAACGAUUUCAUGUCGCUCGGAAUCCAUCGCCUCUGGAAAGAUCACUUCGUUCGCACCCUAAAUCCCGGGUCUGCGCUACCCUCUUGCGAAACCGACACGGCCGGCCGAGGGUGGAAUAUCUUGGACAUCGCCGGCGGGACGGGCGAUAUUGCGUUUCGCAUGCUGGACCACGCGACCAACAUCAACCACGACCGGGAGACUCGGGUGACGAUCGCGGACAUCAACCCCGAGAUGCUGGCGGAGGGCAAGAAACGGAGCAUCCAGACGCCCUACUACAAUACGAACCGGUUGUCAUUCAUGGAGGGCAACGCCCAACACAUGCCCAGCAUCCCCGACAACUCCGUGGAUCUGUACACGGUUGUGUUUGGGAUCCGGAACUUCACCGACAAGCAGGCCGCUCUCGUGGAGGCCUUUCGAGUGUUGAAGCCCGGCGGCGUGUUUGCGUGCAUGGAAUUCAGCAAGGUGGACAACGCCCUCUUCAACACCGUUUACAAGCAGUGGAGUUUCAACGCCAUCCCCAUGAUCGGGCAGUUGGUGGCCGGAGACCGCGACAGCUACCAGUACCUGGUGGAGAGUAUCGAGAAAUUCCCCAGCCAGGAGGAGUUCCGGGGGAUGAUCCAGAAGGCCGGCUUCAUGAUCCCCGGACGAGGCUUCGAGAACCUCACCGGCGGGAUUGCGGCGAUCCACAAGGGGAUCAAACCGCUUCCCCGGGCUUGAGUUUUGAGAGGUGGCGACGACUUCAGCGACUGAUGUAUAUGUAUAUUGUACAGUAUGUAGAACUAGGGUGGACCCAAAAUAAUCCGAUUCUUCCGGGAUCUGCAAACGCGUCAAGAUAAGCGGCGAUGGUGUCAUGGCGGUCCAAUCCAUAGUCCGGGCGUAUCUGGUAUCAGAUUCAUG